UAUUACAGGAAACCCAUAAGCUACACAUUUAACCCACUACUAACUGUGUGGCUAUGUGUAUAUUUACACAUAGGUAUAUAUACGUAUUUGGUUUUUUUUUUUAAACUUUCUCCAGGUGAUAACAAUUACAACUUGCCCCGACUCUGUAUCCGAAAGUUCUUCCCCAAGAAGAAGUGCUUUGUCUUCUGUCCACCCACAGAGUGGAGGAAGCUCUCUAAGCUCGAGAGCCUGCAGGACAAUGAGUUGGAUUCUGACUUUUUGCGGCAGGUGGCAGAGUUCUGUUCCUUCGUGCUCAGUUCUUCCAAGGCUAAAGCUCUCCCGGGAGGCAUUGAAGUCAACGGAGCCCGACUAGAGAUACUGGUGCUCACAUACCUCAAUGCCAUCAACAGUGGGACUCUGCCCUGCGUGGAGAAUGCUGUCCUGGCCUUGUCCCAGAUAGAGAACUCGGCUGCCGUGCAGAAGGCCAUCACCCACUAUAACCAGCAGAUGAGCCAGAGGGUGCAGCUGCCCACAGAGACCCUCCAGGAGCUGCUGGACCUGCACAGGGCCUGUGAGAGAGAGGCCAUGGACAUCUUCCUCAGGAACGCCUUUAAAGACGAAGACCAUUCAUUUAAAAAAGAGCUAUUGGCACAGCUGGAAAGGAGGUGGGAUGGCGCCUAUAAGGAGAACGUGAGAGCAUCAUCAGCUCGGUGCUCAGAGUUACUGCGGAACAUCUUCAGCCCUCUAGAAGAAGCAAUGGCAAGGGGUGCUUAUUCUCAGCCAGGAGGAUAUCUUCUCUUUGUGGAGAAGAGAGAGGAGCUGAAGCAAAAGUUCCUCAGGGAACCCAGGAAGGGGAUCCAGGCUGAGGAGAUUCUGCAGGCAUACUUGCAGUCCAGUGAGGCUAUGGCCGAGGCAAUUCUACAGAGAGACCAGGCUCUGACAGUAAAACAAAAGGAGAUUGAAGUGGAGCGAGCAAAAGCUGACUCUGCACAGGCUGCUGUGAAAACGUUGGAGGAAAUGAAAGAGAGGCAUGCGCAGAUGAUGAUGGAGAAAGAAAGGUGUCAUCAGGAACGAGUGAGACAGUUGACUGAGAAGAUGAAGAGGGAGAGAGCUCAGUUUUUGCAGGAGCAAGAGAGGGUUCUGGCCCUUAAACUGCAGGAACAGGAAGAACUGAUCAAGAAGGGGUGGAAAGAAGAGAGUAUAAGACUGCAGAAUGAAAUUCAGGCUCUGGAGAAGAGAAAUAGAGAAAAAGUACAGGAAGAAGCUGAAUCUGCCCAGGCUGUCUUGAAAAUGUUGGAGGAUAAGUACAAGAUGGGACAUAACACAAUAGCACAGGAAGGAGAGCCUCACUGGGGACACAUGAAGCAAUUAUCGAAGGAGAAGCAAGAGUUUCUUGAAUGUCAGGUAUUCCAUCCCACAAUAUUCACAGAGAAUAGGUGGAGAACAUAUACAAAUUAACAAAGCAAGCUUACUCCAUGUUUGAAAAGUGGGCUGGUCUGAUGUUGAAUGAUCUGUGCAGUAUCUCCAGUGAGACAGAAAGGUGAUCAUUGCUUUACGCCACUGUCUUAGGAUUUCUAUUGCUGUGAUAAAAGCACAUGACCAGAGCAGCUUGGAGAAAAAGGGUUUAUUUCAACUUACAACUAACUCUUGGGUCACACUCCAUUUUGGAGGGAAGUUAAGGCAGGAACUUGACUUAGGAACCUGGAGGCAGAACCUGAAGCAGAGACCAGGAAGAGUGCUGCUUACUGCUUGGUUCAUGGCUUGCUCAGCCUGCCUUCUUAAACACUCCGGGACCACCAGUUCAAGGCGACACUGCUAAUUAAUCACCAAUCAACUGCUAGUUAAGAAAAUGCUUCACGGCAAAUGCCUACAGAGGCAUUUGCUCAAUAUCUUGACUUAUCUAUCUUCUUAGAUAAGUCAAGAGUGUGUAAAGUUGACAACACAAACAGACAGAAAGCGGGCAACCAAUCUGAACUGGCCUUGGGUGACCCAGGAGUGGUGAGGAGAUACUCACUUGUGUUUGGAAGCUUGAUUUUGACUUGUUAAAAUGCCCCGCUCAGGCGUCAGGGGCACUAUGUUGACUACACCGCCCACCCAUGGGCAGGCUGGGUGCCACAAGUACACAUGCGUGAGGCUUAGUUCUGUCUUAGGACACAGGGACAGGCAGCUUGCUGAUGGUCUCUGCCUGUUGGUGUUACUAAACAUCGCCCUCAAUGGGAUGAAAGUAAUCAACAAUUUCCAGUGAUUCAGACACGGAGCCGUUAGAUCUCAGCAGAGAACUCGGUCUUUCUACUGUCAGCUCAGAAACAAAAUAAACGUGUCUCUUCAUUAAAUUAAACUGUAUGUUCUCUGAGCUCUGUGGUAGUCUGUUCUGUACUGUUUGUGAGCUCCACUCAUUAUAUUUUCUCUCUUGUGCUAGAGAACAAACAGAGUUCUGGGAUAAAAAUAAUCUACCAUAUAACCCAAAAGCAGAAAGACACACGUGGUAUAUACUCACUUAUUAUAUUAGUCAUAUAAAAUAGGAUCAACCUACUAAAAUCUAUAGUCCUAAAGAAGCUAAACAACAAGGAGGACGCUAGGGAAGAGGAUGAAACCUCACUCAGAAGGGCAAACAGGAUAGACAUUGGAAGUAGGAGAAGACAAGGAACAGGACAAGAGUCUUCCACAGAGGACCUCCGAAAGAUUGUACGCACAAGCGUAUCGAAGGAGACACUGAGACUCACAGCCAAACUUUGAGCAGAGUGCAGGAUAUCUUAUGGAAGAAGAGGGAGAUAGAAAGAUCUGCAGGGGACAAGAACUCCACAAGGAGACCCACAGAGCCAAAAAACCUGGGCCCAGGGACCCAGAGACCGAUAUUCCAACCAAGGACCUUGCAUAGAGAGAACCUAGAACCCUUGCUCAGAUGAAGCCUAUAGACUCCUCAGUUUCCAAGUGGGUUCCCUAGUAAGGGAUACAGGGGCUGUCUCUGACAUGAACUCAUGGCCAGCUCUUUGAUCACCUCCUCCUGGGG